CUCCCUGCCCCCCUCCUUCGCGGCGGUGGGUGUGGCAUGUGGGCGGGGCGAGGCGACGCCCGUGCCCCUCCCCUCCUGGAGGGGACCGUAGCCGCGCAGUAAAGAUUUGGAGCUGCUGGCGGCGGCGCGAGGGAAGCUGCAGCCACAAGGCUGAGGGUCGCUCCUAAACCCGCAUGGUCGGUGGGAUGCGACGACAGCUCGUCGUCCCUGAGACUCCCACAGCGAGCGCACUCUGAUUGUCAGACUGGAAACCUAGAUCUAUUGUGGGGAUCUAUUUUUUGCCACUCUCACCUGAUGAUUUAAUAGAAGAUUCUUAGGGAUUCUGACACGUUGGCUUAUCAUAUACAGAUACAUCCAUACUAACACGUAGAAGAAUGCCACUUCUAAGAAGCAGCUUGGUGUCUUCAAAUGAUAAUUUUGCAAGGGACAUUUCAAGUCUCCAUGAAACUUUUUCAAAUGAAAUAGCAUCUGCUGAAAAAAGUUCAGUAAGUCUGACUGAGAGGAAUGGCUAUCCAGACUCCAUCUACCUAAAUGCAGCUAAUAUUUUUCAAGGCAUUCGUAAUGAAAAGCCUCAAGAUAAAAUAUUGGUAAAGUAUGGAAGUGGGCCAUUUCCAGCUCUUCCAGAUUUUAAAGAUGAACAAUUCCAGCGUUUAUCCUAUGAACUGGCUUUCAGUGCUCUAAAAUAUCAGGAUGUUCUUGAAGAUAUAUUGAUAGACAGUGGCAUUUACCCAAUACAGUCAAUAUCAGAUGAUCUGACCAGUCUAGUGGUUGUGAUGCUAUAUGAUCUCCAAGACAGGAAAUUUGAAGCUCGCUAUAUCGAUGAAGAAGAAGAAACAAUAGCAGAAGUCCAAGAAGUUGAAAAUCAUUUAUACAGUUUGAAGACUAAACUGGCUGCUGCAUUAGCAAGAUGUCGAAUCAAGCAUGAUGCUCUUUCUAUAGAACAUAUUCUUCCAGAAACAAUACGGAGACAAGAACAAAGGGCUUCUGCCCUGCCCUUGUAUGCAUGGGUAAAUACUCUUAAAACAAGCCUGGAAGAAGUUCACAGUUCUUUAAAGAGAGAAGGAUUCACUAAGGUGGAAUCGGUGUCAAACCUUGAUGGUUGUACAUACUGCCUGGAUACACACUGUGAAGAUGUACUCAUUUUCCCUUCCAUUCUUAAAGAACAACUACUUAAUUCAGAGCUGUUCACUAAUCAGAAGCUCUCAUUACAGGAUAAGUCCCGGAGCCUUGCUGUACAUUCCGUGAAGGCCUUGUUGAAUAUGGAUGAUGACAUACUAGUAGCACACAUGGGUUCAUGGCUCACUCUGGCCCAUAUGUCAAUACUGACAAAUCAGGAGACUUCAAAAGUAUUUGUAUGUGGAGUGAAGUCAGUGGCAAAAGAAGCUGAACUGAAGGACUUGUUUGCACGGAUGGAAUGUAAAAAUAUUGAGAUGCUACACGAGGAUUUUACAGAUAUUGAACCAACUGAUCACAAACUCCAGAAAGUUAAAGUUAUUUUGUUGUUGCCUCGAUGUUCAGGCCUAGGUGUUAGCAAUCCAAUAGAAUUUAUUUUAAAAGAGCAUGAAGAUGCAGAGUUACUUCGAGAUCUCUCUCAAGGAUCUGUAGCAGAAGAAAAACUCAAUGUUCUUGCUCAACAGCAGCUUAAAGAACUGACCCAUGCAAUGCAUUUUAGUAAAGUGCAAGCAGUUGUCUACUGUACCUGUUCGAUUUACUCAGAAGAAAAUGAAGCUGUAGUGAACAAAGCACUAGCUUCCGGAGCAGAAGGAGCAAAGGCCCAGCUUUACAAGCUUUCUCCACCUGUUCUUCCUUUGUGUUGCAAAUCGGAAAUAACUUCUGCAGAUAACUUUUUUAAACUGGAGCCAUCGGAUAUUUCCAAUAGCUGUUUUAUUGCUGUUCUAGCCCGAGAGAGAGAUCCAUCUGAGUCAGUGUCUGUGAAAGAUGUCUUGGCUCGUGCUGCAGCAAAAGGCUUAUUGGAAGGUAUUGAUUUUGCCAAACCACCUAAGAGAGAGGAGAAGAAGAAAAAGAAACAAAAAAUAACUCAGUCAAAGGCUGCUACUAAAGAGGCAGUGAUACAGUCCAGAAUUCAGGAGUUCCUGGAUCGAGAACUGAAACCAAACAAUAUUGAUUCAGACUCUUCAGUAUCUAAUAUAAUUGCCAGUAGCUCUCAAACGGUGAACCAGACUAAUGGUUCCAUUCAUCUGAAAAAAACAACCAAACCCCUUUCAAAUUCCUCUCUACCUGUGAUGGCGAAGAACACUCCCACUUCAUCCUCCAUGCAAAAGGUGUAUGAAAGGCAGCGCAACAUUAGGAAACCGAAGUCGGAGGAUAAAGUGAUGAUCUUGAAACCUGUUGAAAUCGUCCUGCCUCCGGUAAUGUUUCCAUACUUCAACCCACAAGGGAACAAAUCCCAAAUUUCAGCUAACCACUAUUAUUAUCGGUGGGUUGGAACAAAAAGCGGACCAUAUGGCUUAGUUAGCCCAUCUUCAUCCAAAAAACUGAUCAAGUCAAAAGAACCCUCGCUAUCUUCUGCAGCUAAGCAUCCUCGUCCAUGGCUUUGAGGACCUUUUGUAACUGCUUAUUUAUCGUCUUUCAGAAGCUGAAACGUGUAUUUCUCCAGUGGUUAAAAAUGUCCUUCCUGUACAGGAUUAUUUGGGCACCAAGUAUACAUCUUUGUAGGAACAAAAAUACUUAAGAGGCUGUUAAGACACAGAUCCAUUCCCAUUGCUAUUAUGAAGAUUGUAGAGGGGCUGUUCUGUAGAUUUUUAUUAUGUCGUUUCAAUCCCGCUCCAGUAAACUUUGAAUGUAAAUAUGCAUACAUUUAACAUGCAUACUGAUUAUGCCUAUAAUUAGUGUGUAGAAUUGUUUACAGGUUAGAUGUAGCAAAGUCAAGUUUUUUUCUCAACACAGAUACUAGCGUUUAAGGCUAAUUAGCCAAUAUGAUGAUAAACAAAACCUGGGUUUAAAAUAGGAAUGGAUUUGCAAUACUUAUUCAGUAUGUAUACUUGGGAAUUUUGAAAGCCUUACCUUUUUUGUCUAAAAUUGGUUCCAGUAUCUGUAGCAUGAUCUUUCAAGACUUCAGCCAAUGUAAUAACCCACUCAAAUCUUCUCUUCCAAAAGGACAGAAUUUUUGAAAGAAAGUUGUGACAGUUUGGGCUUUAAGAAUAGAACAUCAAACCUCAGUGAAAAGGGUUCAGAAGUUUGGACAAGACCAUUUUGUGAUCUUCUUUGUAUGGCAGCAUAAUUCCUGGAUGGUUUCAUUCUGCUACUGCUAGAUAUUGAACUCCACUAGUAAGUCAGUGUAAAUCUUCAGGUUAUUGUGCAACAUAGUUAAAAGGAAACAAACGUAUUAAACAAUUCCUGAUAAAUGUA